AUGGCAGAAAUUUCAGCCAGGCGCCAGCAAUGGGCACCCCGGGCCCUGGUCCAGAGCCCGGGGGCGACCUCGCAGCAGACCUGCGGUGGAGCCCAGCUGCCUGGUUACAUCCAAGGACCCCAGGGCGCUGGGUACCAAGGCUGGGGAAGGAAGGGCUCCCGCACUCCUCCCUUAUGUGGGCAACCCAAAUCCUACCCGUGGUGCGCGCGGACCUCCCACCCCCGCCGCCGCGCUCAGGAGCUUUGCAUCCCAUUUCCUCGGUUUCUGAAAAGCCAAGAUGAAAACGCCACGCAACAGACACGUUCUAUCCGCUUCGCCCACAGAGGACAGAAGGGAGAAAGUUCAAGCAGCCCUCUGCCCGCCACGCUGGGCGCUCAGGGGAGCAGCCCCAGGAGAGGGCGCCGCGUGGCUCCAGUUCGGAGACAGAGGCUGGGGACAGUCCUCCGCCAGCGCCAGCCGGGCCUCCCGCUGCCCACACGCCCCGAGUGGGCGACGGCGGGGAAGCAGCAGAACCGACGUCCCCGCCGCCGGGACGCGCGUGUGCGCACCGGCUCGAUGCGCGGAGACGGAGUCACUCAGGAGACGCGCGGCGGCGGGGCCUCGGACAGACCCAGCUGGGCGCGCGUGGACGGCGGACUGCGAGCGCGGGGUGCUGCCUCGCGGCACUGCCUGGACCCACGCUCAGAAGUGGGGGUUUCUAAUCCGAUCCUGGGGUGGGCCCGGCAGAACCCCGAGCGGGCUGGAGUGAGCGUGACCGUCGCGCCCGGCGACAGAGGUGUUACACACGGUGACGAGAUCCGUGGAUGACCUCACAGGCCACUUCCCGCCAGCACCUCGGUUGGUCUGAAGAGACCCGGGGAGGGCACACCGAGGCCAGCCCCGAGCGAGCACCCCGUUCCUGCCGCUUCCAGCCACCUGCCUCUUCAUUUCCAGCGCUAGACCUUUGGGUGACUUCCAGGUUUCAGCAGUUACGCAGAAGAUACUAUCGGAGUUAAAGUCCUCACAUUCCGGAGACCCGAGAACACCCAGGUUUACAGCAGCACAGCUCACAGCAGCUCGGUCUCGGAAGCCGCCUCUGUGUGGAUCAACAGCGAAGGAAUACAACGGGGCAUUUACACAGCAUGGAGUACUACUCUGCCAUAAAGAAGGACAAACAUGAGUCUUUUGGAGGAAAAUAGAGGCCCCCGGGGCCAUGAUGCCAAGGGAAGUAAAGCAGACAGGCACACUUAACCGUGUGUGGCUUCUGUCCCAUGAGACACCCGAAGCAAGAAUAAAGAGCAGAGUGGAAGGAAAUAAACAGCCCGGCUCCGGCCAGCCAGCGAGAACUGCCCUGCUUUGAACUGGAAACACCACUACCCAAGCCAGAACGCCAGGAGGGAAACGACAGCUGUCAUUUCCAGAGACUAGGGUGUCCCAGAGCAAGGCGAGCUCUGCUGUGCACACCCCCAGGCGGGCCGGGGCUGGGGGGCGUUCCUCUCAGGGCAUAUGCUGCCUCCCAAGCUCGGUGCACAGAGUCUGCCUGUAACUUCCUGUAGUUUUAAAAAUAUAUUCUCUGACCCCCAAGGCAAGCCUCUAAA